AUGCAUUGGUUAUCAGCAGCCUCCCUCACACUUCUCUCCUUGAAGGGAGCCCUUGCUUUCCAUCAAGGUCUUCAAUCGAUACCAGAUCGCUUUGAGAAAUUUUGCAAACCCAUUUCGGGGGAUAUAAUACUCGAGCAAUUCCAAUUGUAUCCCGAGAACUCGGAUUUCUCUUUAACCACAUGCCUUCUAUACUUCACGUGGGUCUCCCGGUCCCAUUUCAACGAAUUGCAGCAAAAGAUUCUAACUGGUGAUAUCUAGAGCCGUCUGGAACGCCACAGUAGUAGUCUACGACCCCUACGCCGGCAAAACAGUCGACAUCAUCGAAUUCCCAGGCUACUCCCACAACCCGACCUACCACACCAGCGGCAUCCAAGUCGACCAACGAACCAACCUCCUCUCCAUAAGCCUCAACGUCUUUGCCCCCUUCGCCAACAACGGCACGGAUGUCUCAGGUACCAACCAACUCGUCGAAUAUGACACCAUCAAGAAGGAAAUCGUUAGCUACACAAACCUAACCGAGACGACGCAGGGGAAAUUUGGAGGGUAUCAAGACGUGGAUAAUGACCCUGAGGGCAAUAUUUACAUGCUUGGUACUUAUGGAGCGAAUAUCCUGAGAACCAGUGCGGAUUGCAAUACCACUGAAGUUUUCUACCUGAGAGAACCGGCGCUUACUACGAUUCCUGGGUAUGGUGGAUGUGUAUCGAAUGGAUGGGAUCUCAUCGUGAACGACGUCCUCCAAAGCAAGAUCUUGAAAUUCGAUAUGCGUCAAGAGAAAGGCGUGCCGGUUGAAAUUCCUCAUACGCCGAAUGUGACAUGGGGAUAUUCAGAUGCCAUUAUGCUCCCAUCAAAGUACUUGAACACUGUUCUUCUUAUUGCGAUUGAUUUGGAGGGCAUUGUGGUUUUGAGAUCCAAAGAUGCGUCGUGGGAUUCUGCGGAGUAUUUGGGGUUGAUACCGAAUCCGAUUUCUACUGCUUGGACUGUGGCGGCGGUGCAGAUUGGGCAGAGUAUUUAUUUGCAGCCCAUGGAGGUUGGGGAUGUGAAUCGUCCGAAUCCGGGUCCGUUGAAUCAGACUGCGUUUCCGUUGAUUGAUAUCACUGAGCAGCUGGAGGGGCUUUUGGGGGCUUGA